GAAUGAGUAACUGAGCUUAUUCCACCCUCUAUUGGGGCUUAAAGAUGACAUUGGAUGGAGGACAGGUGAAAGGAACAUAGCUUUAACAAUACACAUGCACCAUAUCGGGGCUUUCAACGCAUAGUAUCCAGUGGACUGAAAAUCUGUUUCAGAACCGAGUGUUGGUGGUGGUAGAGAAGCUCCAUUUUAGGGACAAAAAUGAGUGAACUAGAUCAGCUACGCCAGGAGGCUGAGCAGCUCAAGAACCAAAUCCGAGAUGCGAGGAAAGCUUGUGCAGAUGCCACUUUGGCUCAGAUCACAGCCAACAUUGAUCCAGUUGGUCGAAUUCAGAUGCGCACUAGACGUACAUUGAGAGGGCACCUGGCUAAAAUCUAUGCUAUGCACUGGGGUACGGACUCCAGGCUGCUAGUUAGUGCCUCCCAGGAUGGCAAGCUCAUCAUCUGGGAUAGCUACACCACAAAUAAGGUUCAUGCCAUUCCUCUGCGUUCCUCUUGGGUGAUGACCUGUGCAUAUGCUCCUUCUGGAAACUAUGUUGCCUGUGGUGGUCUUGAUAACAUCUGCUCUAUUUACAACCUCAAAACUCGUGAAGGAAAUGUGCGGGUGAGCCGUGAGUUGGCUGGGCAUACAGGGUAUCUUUCCUGCUGCCGUUUUCUGGAUGAUAACCAAAUAAUUACCAGUUCUGGAGAUACCACUUGUGCUCUUUGGGACAUUGAAACUGGCCAGCAGACAACCACCUUUACUGGACACACUGGUGAUGUUAUGAGUCUGUCCUUAGCUCCAGAUUCUAGGUGCUUCGUGUCUGGAGCCUGUGAUGCAUCUGCCAAACUUUGGGACGUGCGAGAAGGAAUGUGUCGACAAACCUUCACUGGACAUGAGUCGGACAUAAAUGCCAUCUGUUUCUUCCCCAAUGGCAAUGCUUUUGCCACUGGUUCAGAUGAUGCCACCUGCAGGCUGUUUGACCUCCGGGCUGACCAGGAACUGAUGGUUUAUUCACACGAUAACAUUAUCUGUGGCAUCACCUCUGUAGCAUUCUCCAAGAGUGGACGCCUCCUCCUAGCUGGAUAUGAUGACUUUAAUUGCAAUGUCUGGGACACACUUAAGGCUGAUAGAGCUGGUGUUCUUGCUGGUCAUGAUAAUCGUGUAAGUUGCUUGGGAGUAACAGAUGAUGGCAUGGCAGUGGCAACAGGCUCAUGGGACAGCUUCCUCAAGAUCUGGAACUAAAAUACUGAGCGGGCUUCUCCAUGACUGGAAGACCAUUCCAACCUUCAAAAAUUUUAAAUCAUAGCAUAUCCGAUCCAACCAUACUAACGUGGACACCCUUUCUCCCUAUUUCUAUACGAAAGGGCAGAAAACUCUCCCCUUAUUUUGCUGAAACAAAGAGCACAAUUAUUUGCUAUAGGAAGAUUAUUUUGUUUGUUUUGGUCUCUGACACAGAAUUGUGCAUUCCUUUUGGGACCGUUUAUUCCAUUACUCCCUCUUUCCUUUUUGUUUUUUUUUUUUUUACUAUUCUUUCUCUACUUUACAUCUGUCUUGAAGAAUAAUAAUGAUACAAAACACUAUACAGUAAGACAUAACCAAGAGUUAGCUUGUUAAGCAGAAAGUGAUUUCCAUGAAAGGUUACCCGAAGGUCCUUGAUAAGUCUGUCCAGAAUACCACCAUUUUGUAGAGUCUUCUGCGUUUGCAGGUAUGGAAAAUCUGCAGCUAUAUAAAAGAAAACAGGAUUUUUAAAAUGACAAGUUUACUUAUUGUGGUUUUUAUUUUUCCACUGUUGGUCCAUAAAGUGAAGGUGGGACUUAAGUGUGUGUGUCAGAGCAUUCUGUUACUGCUGUCCCUGUAGAGUUUCAUGUGAAAGCUUGCAGCCAAUUAAUGCCCUCUAUUAAAUGAUAGAAAUGGCUAGCUUGCUCCAGCAAUUGACUUAUUUUUUGAUGGCCAAAUGCUAGGAAAUGGUUAUAACAUAACGCAAUUAUUCAUAUGGGGCAUUUGAGAAUUUAUCAGUUUAUUCACCAGGCUGCCCAAAAUGUUGUUCCUUUGCUGGUAAAUAACCUGUUCUUUUUCCAAUGAGUACAUUGCCUAUGCAUCGCAUUAUAUACUAUAACUCCUCUUUAAAUGAGAGCACGCAGAAUUGCAGUGUUCCAGAGCCCAGUCUGUUCAGGAUAAUCCCAGAUUCUCUCUUAAAGCCAAUAAAGGUUGCUGCAAGGGUUCCAAUCAGAGGAAAAGACAGAGGAAGACUUAUUUCUUCCCCCAUUUGAACCUGUAUCAAGCCCAGCUCAAUUUAUUUGAGGUUCCCAUUUUUUUAAAAAAAAAUACCUUUUCUUAUGUGGAUUCAAGAAAAGUGAUCCUGUAAUGUAGAGGAGUCUUAUUGGUGCUUUACGCUAUUCAUUUUACAAAAAAAGAUCAUUUAACACCGACCUUCACUUUUUUUUGAGCAUGUCAAAUCCCUUAGUCACAAAAAACCUGAACUAUAACCCAAGUUCCCCUUUAAUAAAACACUGGGAAAAGA